AUGGUGAAAAACAUCUUGCUGGAGCUUUUGACGAGCCGCCGAGUCUUUUACAGGCUCAUACAGUUCUUGGAAGAGGAAGACCUUGCAUAUCGCCUGGAGUGUCGAGAUCUCGCAGUUCGGUUAGCAUUGUCAGUCUUUGCAACGACCCCAUCGAUCUUGCUUAUUGACUCGGCUGUCGUGCAUCGCAGCGCUCGUGCGCAUGAGGAGGCACAUCCACACCCUGAUGUUCAAGAUCCCACAUUCUGCAGAGACAUUCUUGCCACCAGUAAUCGAUGGUGCCGGCACGGAUGGCCCGCGGCACGGCAAUCGAAAAGUCACCUCUUUACUAGUCGAGCGAUCCUUCCCUUGUGCCAUGCCGCCACAGAUGUGCCGUCAUUUUUCCACGCGUUAUCGUUGAUGGGAGGUCUAAGCCAUCCGAAGGUCGUCUUCGGAGGUCAACUUUCGGGCCACCGAUAUCGCCGAAACGUGGUGGACUACGCGCUGAUAUCACUGCGAAUUGCAGUAGAGCAGGGCCAAUCUACUGCUACUGCGCAGCAUGUCCCUUUGACUGGUUCACGCAGGGGCUCUAUCAUACCUGUGACCAACUCUAUCAUAUGGUGCUUCGCUCACCUCGAGAAAGAGAUGGCUGCAGAUUCGACACCUCACGAUUCAUAUAGAUAG